AUGUCCUUGUAUUGGCAACAAGCGUUGACCAAUAGGGAUCAAAAUUCCGGGCAAGAUCAAGCAGCACAAUCUCAAUGGGAUUAUGUGAACCUAGGAGGUGCACCAGCUGUACCGUAUCAAUGGGGUCAAUAUAACGAAAAUUCUAACGGGUCAAACGCUCAAUCUGAUCCUUAUGCUAAUGCUGUUUACAGCGGGUAUAAUCAGUAUAACCAAAAUGAUCAAUACGCAAAUCAGCAACGCUCGGAUUUUUCCGUUAAUAAUACCGCUAACUAUUCUCAAAAUAAUCAGGGUUUAUCUCAUAAUCAUCAAGAAGCUGCCCGAGUUCAACAUGCUCCAAUUCUAUCUAAUACUCUAAUUGCCCAUAGCAGAGAACAAAGUCUUCCACCUACUUCGUCUAAUCAGCUGUUCUCGAUUGCUGAGCAGCAAGAAAUUGCUCCAGUUUCUAGUUAUGCAGUUGUUGAUAAUCAGAAUGUCUACUUCAACAGUGGUCAAAGUGCCACAAAUUAUCAACAGGAAUAUGCACCCACACAGUAUUACGAGCCUCAAAUGCAAUCUCAGAUUUAUGGAAAUGAUCAAACUAACGGUCAAUCGUCUGAACCUAUGUAUUCUUCUCCCGAAACUACCCAACCUCUGUCGCUUUCCUCUAUAGAGCAUGCUUCGAAUGCUGAUGCUUGUAAUAAGGAAAGCUGUUCGGAUGGGCAGCAGUCAAUCGUUGUAACAGAAGAUGUGCCUAAUCUUGAAAAUUCUUGUAACAAUUCUCAAGAGGACGACAGUUCCAACGUAGUAGUAUCAUCUCUGGAUGACGCUUGGGAUGCCGACUGGGAUCGAACCGACCGAAGUGAUACAUUGCAUGAGACUUCAUCUGUUGCCAGCGUGACUCAAUCUGAACCGGUUUGUCAAGAAGCCCCACAUCUUUCCACUGACAACAGUCGUGAGUCUUCCACCGCUCCACCACCCAGUAGCAGUUGGUCUCGCGACAGUUCUGUACCUUCUAGUUUGCCAAGUAAUUCAGCUAUUAAACAAGAAGAUUCUGAAAAGACUCCUGAAAGUCAACCUCCGGCGGUUGCGCAAGUCGCUCCUCUCGUAAAGAAAACCAGUGUCGAGCCUAUCGACCAACCUAUUGCUCGGGUAGAACCUGUUGCUCAAUCAUCUGAUUCUCCGAGUAAUGUGCAACGAGUUGCCCCAACUCGGCCAGUAACAAGUGCUUCUACCACUGCAACUGUCAGCACCUUGAACGCAACAGAAGGUGUAAGAACUUCUUCCGAAGCUGUGCCAAGGCAAUCUUCUGUACCGGUUGCAGAGACAGCGCCUAUAUCAAUUGUUGAAACGGCUUCAGUUGUUCCAAGAUCGACUCCUUUGGCUGAAUCUGCUGCGAUAUCUAACGUAGCGGCAUUAAAUCCAGAAUCUGUUACUGCUGUUCAGAGAGCUGCGCCGCCUUCCGAGUCUGUGUCAGUAGCUCCUAGAGCUGUAGCGUCUACAGAAUCGGUACCUGCUACAUCAAGACUGGCACCACAAACAGAAUAUACUACACCUCAAGCACAAGGCAUUGAUUUUGUAGCCGAGACAGAAAGUUCGAGUAGUGUCACCACCAACAUUAUGGUUGCUGUUAUGCCGAAUGUAUCAUCUCAUGUUGAAACAGCUGUACAAAAUCCGGAAACCUCAGUGAACGUUCCAGACCAAUCUUCCAACAUUGCUGUGUCUGCACAGUUAGCCCCAACCCAACAAACGGAUAGUGCUAUUACACCUGAGCCUGCUACCCCACUGGAUAACGAAAGUCCCGGAGAAGCUCAAGCUACAAGCACCCCGCUUUCAGAGCACGAUGUGCCCAGAAACCAGGCGAGACGAAGUUCACUCGCUUCUAAUCGUGGUGUUGCUCAAUCACAAACGAUGCCUCAACUGUCAGGUGAACAAAGUGAUAGCACUCAAAGUUCUUUCACUAGAGGCGCUGCUCGUAGCAGCUAUCAUGAACGUUACAGAGGAGUCAAGGAAAAAUAUCUGGGCUCGAUUAAUAACGUGCCUCAAGUUAUUCAGAGGUUAGAUAGGUAUCGAGUCGAGACUCCAAGGUUGAAGAAGAAUCCUCUGGUAGAUACUAGUGUUAGUGGUAGACGAUCUGCUUUGGCUGUCGGUCCGGCCACUGUUGCAGUACCCGUGAAGAGAGCUGAUAGUAGUAUAGAUAAUAGCAUGUAUAAGAUGGAUGCUGAAAAAUUGAAUUCUUCAAUUUAUUCGCAGCAAGAUAAUUCCUUAGAUCGGAGUGUUGAUAUUUCCCGUGGAAAUAUAGGAUACGGAGAUGAUUUUGUGAAUGCAGCUAGAAGAAGCCGUCUCUCGCGAAAUCGUCCACCUAGUCGUGCCAAGUCUGAAGUUGGUGAACAAAGCAAUCAAUCAGUUAAUCCGCAGCAGUAUAGACCAAAUCCUUACAACUAUAACCAACAAAUGCAUCCUCAAUACUAUCCUGGAUAUGUUCACCCUGGAAGGCGAAGUGCAGUUCCAUAUGGAACCGAUUUCUAUCCUCAGCAGAGAAUGUAUCACGAUUACCCAAGACCUCAAUCAACUGUUGAUGCUAGAGCGAUGCAAAGAUAUCAACGAGAAGGUGGCAAUUUUAACAACUAUGAUGUUUACGAUUAUCCACCCGAGGAAGAUGAAGAUGAAGACGAGGAAGGAAGUUAUGAGUCUGAUUCCGUCGAUGAUGAGGGAACUGGUGAAAGUGAGAUGGAGAUGCGUCAAUAUAAUGUGGCACCCCAAAUGUCUGGUUAUCCUAUGCAAAACGGUCCAGUGCGAGUACCAGAUUAUCGUAGAUGGCAACAUCCAAAACUCACCUUCUAUUUAGGGAUGCUCCGUUUAGAUACGAAGCUGGUAGAACAAGUGUUCCGGAGAUUACAACCUCCUAUGGAAUAUUAUACUGUUCUCACGCAAUCUCACGAGCAGGCUGCUUACUUGUACUAUGCAUCUGUUUAUAAAAAGUUGUAUGCUAAUGUGAGAGACUUCCAAAACAAGUUCAAUAAGGAAUUUUAUAAGUUCAAAUGUGAAGGUCUUGAUGACAAUGAUGCUCUUUGCCGGAUUUGCAAGUCUAUGUAUGAUGAGUAUAACCUCAAACGGCUUUCGAGCCAGCAAAAAGCUUACGAAGCAAGUCAAAAGCAACUGUUCAGCGAUGAUAGGGAUAGUGCGGAUGGUGUUAGCGAUAGAGCCAGUGUUGAAGACAGAGAUGAGGAUCGUCAUUCAGAUAUUCUCAGCAUUGAUACUGUUGCGAGAGCUCCAUUAAAAUUCCGCACCCCACAUGCCUUCGUUACAUUUGGUCCUGGUGGAAAGAUGAUAACUGUUCAACCUGAUAUCUCUGUGUCCACGGUGCAUAUCGAUGAUGUUAAAAAAGUUCUUAAAGAUAACGAAAGCAAAAAACUGAUUGAUGCAGCUCAAAUAUUCCGAGGACCCCUCGUUGAAGGGAAAACUCCUUCGCAUUCCGUACUCCUUUACAUUGAACGCCAAAUUAGUAAAAUUAAAAUGUCUGAAGUAGCAUCGGAGAACCCUCUGGAUAACGAUGUCGUGGACUGUCUGUUAGUGUGGCAGUUACUGGAAAUGCUUGUUCAGCAACAAGGAAGAGUAACUGGUCCUGAUAUUGCAAAGUUACUGAUAGCUGCGGGAUCUUCGAGUGGUCGUGCAAGUACAGGACGGGAAAAAUCAACAACACCAUCCAGUACUGUAACACAAGGAUGGGAUGAAGCUGGAGACCCUAAUGGAUUCGAGCGUUUUUCGCAAUUUUUGCUGAGAGGCCAUGUGGAAGAGGCUAUUGAAUGUGCUCUGAACGAUGGUCUUUAUGCUGACGCUAUGGCUUUAACGAGAAGGCUUUUCCCUGGUGAUAUGAGGAAACUGUCUGAUAUCGAAUCAAGAUUCCUCGCUACAAGACCUGCUACGAAUCCAGUGAUGACUUUGAUGGCGGUGUCCUCAGGUCAACCAGCUCCAAUUUUGACUAACCCACCUGUUGAUGAUACUGGAAGCUGGAGAACGCACGCCGCUAUCGUUCUAGCAAAUUUAGACACUGAUCACGCGAGGCAAACCGUUUAUGGAUUAGGGUUGGUCCUAGCCAAACGAGAAUACCAUGCUGCCGCUGAUUUCUGCUUACUUGCUGUAGCUUUACUCUCGAACUUUGAUGUCUUUCAACCUUUGCCCGAUUCUGAUAGUGACGGCAGAACCCAUAUUUCUUUGAUUCAUGCUAGUCUUCCUGAUGAUGAUUGGGAAUCGACUUUAUGCAGAUUCGGGUUUACUCUUACUGAUUUGCAUGCUACUGAAAUAUUCGACUAUGCUCUUAAAUUGGCUCAGAGACAAAGUCCAUUACAAAGAUCUGUGUACUUCCAAAGAAAACGGUUACAAUACGCUCAGCUGCUGGCCGGUUUUGGUGGAUUCACCACAGAUAGUUUCAGAUACUGUUUGUCUGUAGCUUCAUCUAUCUGGGAAUACUACUAUAAUCUUCCUGCUUCUGAAUUGUCAGAUUUGGCUGAUUUGGCAGAACGUUUGAAGUAUGCAGCUUCUGCAGAACCGCAAGAAACGGCAUGGAUAGAUUCUUUGAGAGAAAUGAUAGUCCAUCUUCCACAGUCUAGUGGAUUGCAGCAAGCGCACACGGAAACGCAAGCUCCAGUUCACACGGAAGCUCAUGAGCAAAUUCAAUCGAAUCCAUUAACAGUAGAGAACGUUCCUUUGGGUACAGAACACAACAUGACUAAUUACCAAAGUCAUGCUGUUCAACAGACGGAGCAUGUAGAGGCGGAAUCUAGUUCCCCUCUUACCCCUCCUAAUCCCCCAUCUACAAGAGACCGAGCUGCAAGUAUAUCAUCGACAAGGUCUCGAACUGAAUCUUUAGUAGUAGAAGCGAAUGAUUGGCACAACUCUAGGCAAGAUCCAAUUCAAAUAACACCAAAGUCAGCUGCUCCUCCUCUUCAAAGUACUGUAACACCCAUGAACGACCACUCUAUUCAAGACUACACAACUCCUUGCGAGAAGUCGGAAAAUAUGGGACGUCCUUUUGGUGAACAGUUAUGUAGAAAUCAGCAAAACACUUAUCAAGGAUAUGAGCAUUAUUCGGGGCAUUAUGAUAAUGAUUCUUCUGAACAAACGACAACUCCGGAAACUUCAACGCAGGAAAGCACUCCUAUUCGACAAAUUCCACAAACGAACGAAUAUAUGCCUCAAUAUGCAGAAAUUCCACAACAUCAUUCCGAACACCCUCCAGUCGUUCAGUCUCAGUAUCCACCUCAACAACCGCCUCCUCAACAAUAUCAAGUUCAACAAACACAACCGUCGGCUCAGGUUCCGGUACAACCUACAUCAGCUGCCGCUGCUCCUUCUCAACAAGUAACUCAACCGGGCCCGGCGAACAGUCUACCACAAAACUCCAUCGGUCAAGAUAAAGCUAACGAUCAGAACAAGAAAGGAGGAAGGGGGUUCAUUGGCAAGCUCUUAAGCAAAGUUAUUCCCGACCAAAAUAGUAUGAUUCUUCCGGAUGAUAAAAAUCCUGCUAUUCAGUGGGAUGCUAGUUUGGGUAAAUGGGUGGGAGCAGGAGUUGAAGAAGAGUCUGCACCGGCUCCUCCACCUGCUGCUGCCGUUUCUAACCCUGGUGUUCCUCCUCCUUUCCAAGGUGGUGGAUUAAGAGCAGCCCGAGGAAGUGGGGGGUCACGUUAUUUCAACCCACUAGUUGCAUCCUCAAAUGCUGCAGCUCCAGAUGUACCAGUUGCUUCUGUUGCUCACUCAAUGCCCAUUCCAUCUUCAUUCGGUUUUAUUCCAACAAUGCCAGAUGACGUCGAUUCCGUUGAUCCAUUCAGUGGGGAAUCAAACCCUACUGUUCAUGGUGCCGAUAAUACUUCUGAAGCAACAAAUUAG